ACCAGAGGGAGUGCUCACAGCAUGGCGUCUUUCGCGGGUGCCACUGCUGCCACCAGAGUGGCAAAGAGUGCACGCCACAGGGAGGACAGGCUAUUGAGUGCACCUGAUCACAACGGCUCCAGCCCCACUGAGGAGGCACGUGCGGCUGUGUUGGAAAAGACACAGGAGUUCUUCCAGAUCUGUGACAUCGAGGAGAAGGGCUUCAUCACCCGCAGAGACAUGCAGAGGCUCCAUGGAGAGCUGCCGCUCAGCGCUGAGGAGUUGGAGGACGUCUUUGACACCCUGGAUGCUGAUGGGAAUGGCUACCUCACGCUGGAAGAGUUCUCAUCAGGAUUCAGUCACUUCUUGUUUGGGCGGAGGAUCUCUGUGGUGGAGGAGGAGGAGCAGGACUCCCCAGAGGGCAUGUACCAGAGUGCGGAGUGGAACGAGAAGCCAGUAGCGAGUGAGGACGAGGAGGAGAGGCACUUCUGCAUGCUGAUGGAGAGCCUGGGGGCCUGCAAUGUUUUCCAGCAGCCAAGUGAGGUGCGCAGUUUGUGGGCGCACCUGCGCCGUGAGGAGCCUCACCUCCUCUCCAACUUCGAGGAGUUCCUGGCCCGUGUCACAGAUCAGAUCAAGGAGGCCAACCAGGAGAAGAGUGAAAUGGAGAGUGCCCUCAAGAGGAAAGUAGCAAAGCAUGACAGUGAAAUCCAGAGGCUUUACGAAGAGAUGGAGCAGCAGAUCAAACACGAAAAGGACAGGAUCCUCAUGCAGGACUCAGAGCGCUUCCUGUCUCGCAGCCAGGACCUGGAGCUCCAGCUGUCCCGCAAGGAGGCGGAGCUGGAACAGCUCUUUCAGAAGCAGAGGAGGCUGGAGCAUCAGUGCAGAGAGCUGCACAGUGAACAGCAUGAGACCAAGGUGGAGAAUGUGAAGCUGAAGCAGACCAAUGAGGAGCUCCUGCGGGAGCUGGAGCACACCUGCCAGGAGCUGGCACUGGCUCAGGAACAGCUGAGUCUGCUGCAGGAGCAGGCUUCCCGUCUGCAGCAGGAAAGGGAGAUGGAGCUGUACAGGGUCACAGAGGGCAUGCAGAGAGAGAGGGCCUGCCUCCUCAAACAGCUUGACCUGCUGAGGGAAAUGAACAAACAUUUGCAAGACGAACGGGAUAUGUGUUACCUGAAGCCCAACAAUGCAGUUAAAAAACUGUCCCGCAAGCAGAGAUCUGGAUCAAGCACUUUGAAAUGUGCAGAGAGAAAACAGUCUCUUCAAAGUGAGGAAGAGUUGGAUGUGCCCUUGCGUGGCAGGAGAAAGAGCUCAGGUGGCGUGAAUGGGCACGUCCCACCCCCAGUCUGGGAGGGUGAUGGUGUGAAGAGUGGCCGGGGGGGCUGGCAGUUUCAGAGGAUCAUCUCCAUCGAAGAGGACCACCUGCCCCAGGCACUGAAACAGGGCUUUGAAGCCCAGCUCCCAGACUGGAGCGAGCAGGAGGAGGAGGGGAAGGAGAAGCAGCAUAUCGGCCAGGAGAUGAAAGACACCUGCCUCCCAGCCACCACCAAUGUUCCGAGCACGGAAAAAGAGCCCCCAUCCACCAAGUCGAUGGGUCCCCCUCCCAGGGAUGAAGAUGCUCCAGUGUUACCUAGGGGACAACCUGUUGGCAAGGAGACCAUCCUGCAUGAGGAGGGUGUGGUCAGCACCCCCGACCGCCUCUUUAAAGUUGUGCUGGUGGGGAACUCCAGCGUAGGCAAGACUUCACUGUUGCGCCGCUUCUGCGAUGACUGCUUCCACGCUGGAACCUCAGCCACUGUGGGUGUGGACUUCAGUGUGAAGACGGUGACAGUGGAAGGUAGCCAGGUAGCGCUGCAGAUGUGGGACACAGCUGGGCAGGAAAGGUACCGCAGCAUCACCAAGCAGUUUUUCCGUAAGGCAGAUGGUGUGGUGGUCAUGUACGACAUCACUGCUGAGCAGACCUUCACUGCCGUGCGGCAGUGGCUUGCUAAUGUGCAAGAAGGGGCAGGAGAGAACAUUCCCAUAAUGCUGCUGGGGAACAAAACAGACCAGGAGAGCCAGAGAGAGGUAGAGGCCUCCAUGGGUGAGAAAUUAGCCAAGGAGUCCCAGCUGAUUUUCUACGAGUGCAGUGCUUUCUCAGGCUACAAUGUAACUGAGUGCAUGAUUCACCUGGCAAGGAUGCUGAAAGAGCAGGAGGACAUGGAGAAGGAGAGGACAGUCCAGCUGGUGGAAGACUCCACCCAGAAGAGGUCGUGCUGCUCAAGACAGUAGAGUUGCUGCUGUCGCCAAGCCUCCUGGCCUGCACCAUAUUCAAACCUCAGCCAGUGACUUUCUGUUGUAGUGACCACGACUUAGCACCGAGUCUCUCUUUGCUGCAUCCAUGCUCCCCAGAGAUUUAUUUAUUGAACAGACUCCCAGCUUUCUGUGCUUGACAUUGAAAAUUGUGUCACUGUUAUUGUCAAAGCUGGGAUUGUUCUCUUUUACUGCCAUAACAUUAAUAAUGAAUGUGCAGGUGUGGCCAAGGACAGGUCCACCCAUUGUCAGCAGAGCAACACAGGCAGCCUGAAGCAGAAUGUCACCUUGCUCCAUAGAAACAUGGCGUAUGUAUGCUGAAAAGGAGCACAGAGUGUCAGGUUCCCAUUUUAGUGCCUUUGCCGUUACUCUGUGGCAGUUUCUGACCCUGCGGAUUUAAAGAUAUUUCGGAGUAAAAUUUUAGGUUCCACACCGAACAUCUAGAAGCAGAGAUGUCUUCAGACUGUGAAUAUUGCUUUAAGAGCAAUCUCAAAGUCAGCUACCCAAUUACCAACAUGUUUCAACUC